AUGUGGAGCUCCGGUGCUGUUUUUACCCGCCAGGCAGAGCAGACUAACCUCCUGAUGAGACGCCACUCUCUCAAUGAGCAGAAGGUCUAUAAUAUGGAAUCUUUGCCGGAAAGUUCUGGAGGAACAAUGAGCGGACUAGAAAACCCCAUAUCAGAGAAUGGAUCUCACACAGGAGAGAAGACAUUUUCAUGUCCAGAAUGUGGAAAAUAUUUUAGUCAGAACUCACAUCUUGUAAUUCAUGAGAGAACUCACACAGGAGAGAAGCCAUUUUCAUGUCCGGAAUGUGUGAAGAGUUUUAGUCAUAAAUCAAAUCUUAAAAAACAUAUAAAAACUCACACAGGAGAGAAGCCAUUUUCAUGUCCAGAAUGUGUAAAGACUUUUAGUCAAAAACCAAGUCUUGAAAUACAUAUGAGAACUCACACAGGAGAGAAGCCAUUUUCAUGUCCAGAAUGUGUGAAGUGUUUUAGUCAUAAAUCAAGUCUUGUGGAACAUAUGAGAACUCACACAGGAGAGAAACCAUUUUCAUGUCCGGAAUGUGUGAAGAGUUUUACACAGAAAUCAAAUCUUGUGGAUCAUAUGAAGAUUCACACAGGAAAGAAGCCAUUUUCAUGUCCAGAAUGUGUGAAGUGUUUUACACGAAAAGAAAAUCUUGUGCAUCAUAUGAGAACUCACACAGGGGAGAUGCUAUUUUCAUGUCCGGAAUGUGUGAAGAGUUUUACACAGAAAGCAACUCUUGUGGAUCAUAUGAGAACUCACACAGGAGAGAAGCCAUUUUCAUGUCCGGAAUGUGUAAAGUGUUUUAGUCAUAAAUCAAGUCUUUUGGGUCAUAUGAGAACUCACACAGGAGAGAAGCCCUUUUCAUGCCCGGAAUGUGUAAAGUGUUUUAGUCAUAAAUCACAUCUUGCGGGUCAUAUGAGAACUCACACAGGAGAGAAGCCAUUUUCAUGUACAGAAUGUGUGAAGUAUUUUAGUCAUAAAUCAAGUCUUGUGGAACAUAUGAGAACUCACACAGGAGAGAAGCCAUUUUCAUGUCCAGAAUGUGUAAAGAGUUUUACACAGAAAGCAAAUCUUGUGGAUCAUAUGAGAACUCACACAGGAGAGAAGCCAUUUUCAUGUCCAGAAUGUGUGAGGUGUUUUACACGAAAAGAAAAUCUUGUGCAUCAUUUGAGAACUCACACAGGAGAGAAGCCAUUUUCAUGUCCAGAAUGUGUGAAGUGUUUUACACAAAAAGCAACUCUUUUACAACAUAUGAAGACUCACACAGGAGAGAAGCCAUUUUUGUGCUUGGAAUGUGCUAACUGUUUUACUACGAAAUCACAUCUUGUUAUUCAUCAGAGAAUUCACACAGGAGAGAAGCCAUUUUCAAGCUUGGUAUGUGGAAAUGUUUUAGGCUGAAAUCACAUGUUUUUAAACAUCAGAUGAUUCACACAGGAUAGAAACAAUUUUCCUGUCCUGAAUGGGCAAAGUGUUUUACUAAUAAAAACAAGUCUCGAGGGACGUCUGAGAAGUCACACAGGAGAGAAGCUAUUGUCAUAUAUAGUAUGUGGCUAAUGUGUUAACCAAAUAUCAAAUCUGUGGAUCAUCUAAGAACUCAGACAAAGGAGAAGUUAUUUUCAUGUUUAAAAUGUGUAAAAUAUUUUUGACUGAAAUAAAAUCUUGUUCAUCAUCUCAGUCUAUGUAUGUGGGAAAGGUUUGUGAAGCAUCUGAGAACUCACACAGGGAAGAAUCAAUAGUCCUGUGCAGUAUCCUGUAAAUGUUUUAUCCAGAAAUCUGGUGUUGUGGAAGAUGUGAGAGCUGACUGAGGAGAGAAGUCAUUGGAAUGUUCAGAAUGUAGGAAAUG